GUGCCGGCUCACGUUUGUAUAGAAAAACAUGAAUUUAGCUUUGUCAAUUCAGUAAUCUUUAGUUGUUUUAAAGUAAACACUACUGGCCAGUCAUUAGUGGCCAGUAGUGCCACCCAUUGACAAAUCACACUCAACCCCAUGAACUGCCCGAGGCCUUUACUAGACAGAAUAGGAAAAGCCAUUCCGUAAUCUCUUUAAAACACUCCCUUCUUUUUCCUCCUCCCUUGUCUUUCUCUCCUCCUCACCAAGUCUUGCUCAGACCUUCACAUGCAAAAUAAAGCUGCGUGGAGCUUGAACUCUUUGCUCAGCUAUGCAGUAGUGAAGAGGAUUAACUCAAGCCAAGCGCCGGUUUUGGCAUUUCAUCCAUCCCUUGGCUGACGGAGAGAGACUACCAAAAGCUACCUCUUUGCCUCUCUUCAUCUAAAUCUCCUCUUUACUCCCUUCCUGUUCUCUUUUUCUCCUUCUGUCCUUUCCCCCCCUCUUUUUCAAUUAUGACUCUGUUAUCAGAAGAUCAGUCUGUGAGGCCCCAACCCUGCCGGGUCUCUGAACCUGGCAAACACAUCAGCACUUCUCUGCACCAGUACUCAACAGACUGCAAUGGCAGCAAUGUGGACUACGUAGACAGUGUGGAAGACUCUGUCUUUGGAGCUGUGGAGCCUCACAGGCGCUCUCGGGGGCGCCUUAUUCUCCACGGCCUGGUCAUGUUUGGAAGGGAAUUCUGCUAUGCCGUGGAGGCAGCUUUUGUCACGCCGGUGCUCCUGAGUGUGGGCCUGCCCCAGAGUCUGUACAGCUUGGUGUGGUUGAUCAGCCCCAUCCUGGGCUUCCUGCUCCAGCCCAUCAUCGGUUCAGCCAGCGACUAUUGCCGCUCGCCGUGGGGCCGGCGGAGGCCUUACAUCCUAGCACUGGGCAUCCUCAUGCUUGUGGGAAUCACCCUGUUCCUUAAUGGAGACGCUGUCAUCUCAGCACUCGUCAGAGAUAGGUCGCUGAAGAGCAUAUGGGCCAUCGUGGUGGUGAUGUUUGGAGUCGUGCUGUUUGACUUUGCUGCAGACUUCAUCGAUGGACCCAUUAAGGCCUACCUGUUUGAUGUGUGUUCACAUGAAGACAAGGAGAGAGGCUUACACUACCAUGCUCUCCUCACAGGCCUGGGCGGAGCAUGUGGUUACCUGGUGGGAGCUAUGGACUGGGGUCACUCCGUGUUGGGCCGUCUCCUUGGAUCCGAGUACCAGGUCAUCUAUUUCUUCUCAGCGCUGACCUGGGGCAUCUUCCUCACUGUGCACCUCUUCAGUAUUCCAGAGCAACCUCUGGGCAAGGCACCAUCUCCGUCUGAUUCACCAUCCAGCCCUCUUCGCCUACUGAGCUCUCAUAGCAAUAGUUAUGGGGCACUUAAGGAGCCUGUCUCUCCUGUAGUCUCCGCAUCUGUCACAGAUCUCAGGCCCAGAUCUUUCUCAGCCCUGGGAGAAGCCAAUUCAGUGACCUCAAGUGUCAAACAGCCAAACAAAGAGGACCAGAAGAAGAUGACGUUCAGGUUGCUGAUAAAAGCUAUUGUCAAUAUGCCAAGUCACUACCGCUGCCUGUGUGUCAGCCACCUGCUGGGAUGGACAGCGUUUCUCUGCAAUAUGCUUUUCUUUACCGAUUUCAUGGGACAGAUUGUGUAUAAGGGGAAUCCGUACGCCGAUCACAACUCUACCGCCUAUGCCACAUAUGAGAGGGGAGUAGAAGUUGGCUGCUGGGGAUUGUGCAUUAAUGCAGUGUCCUCUGCUCUCUACUCAUAUGUGCAGCGCUUCCUCCUCUCAUACAUCGGGCUGAAAGGAUUAUAUUUUAUGGGCUACCUUGUGUUUGGAUUGGGCACCAGCCUGAUUGGCCUUUUCCCCAACAUCAUAGCAACGCUCGUCCUCUGCAGUGUGUUUGGUGUUAUGUCAAGCACACUCUACACCAUCCCAUUCAACCUGAUAGCAGAGUAUCAACGAGAAGAGGAGCAACAACUGAAGCUGCACGGAAGCAAUAAAAGUCCUCGAGGUUCGGGAAUGGACUGUGCCGCCCUCACUUGCAUGGUCCAGCUGGCUCAGAUCAUCGUGGGCGUAGGGCUCGGUGCUCUGGUCAACGCGGCAGGAAGUGUGAUCGUGGUGGUCCUCUCGGCUUCGACCAUGUCUCUGCUCGGCUGCAUCUUCAUUGUCCUCUUCAUUAGAUAUGUGGAAUGAAUGAUUCUGCUCAAAUACAGAUUUUAAUGAUAUUGUUUUAUUAAACAAUGAUUGCUCAUUAUAUCAUCAUAACGUCUGCAAUUUUUAAUCUUACCUCAGAGGCCAAUUAACUGCCAGUUAUGACAAUUUUUUUAAGGUUUCUCUGGUCUGAUAGAUCCUAAAAAUGGUCUCUUUUGGUUAAAACAGCAACUGAUAUCUUCUACAGCUCAUCUUCAGAUAUUUGCCACAUUACAUGCACAUAAACAAUUUCAUGUAGCUAUUGAAACUGUUAGUUCAUUAAGCAGUUUCACAGCAGUAGUCUAAAGUGAUUGCAGGCAUCUGGAUUUCUUUUAGGUUCUUGGAGACAUUUCACCACCCAUCUGCAAAGGGUUCUACAGUUAACAUGAAGACACCAAACCAAGAGGGGUUUUCACUCAGCUGAAAUGCACAUUACUGAAUGAUCUGUGCGCCGGCAUGACUGGUUGACAAAUGGGCCGGAAUAGUGAAGGGACCAAUAGUGAAGGAAUUGGACAGGAAUAGAUCGAUAAGAUAGAAAAGAUCAACAGCACAGCAGGAGAAGUACAGACAGUGGUUGCAGUGGAUAACUUCAUUACUUUUAAAACUCUGUUUCACUUCAGUUCUUUGUAUGCUAUAACUUCACUCAUCUCUGCUCUGGCACGUCUGAGCCAUAAUAUCAUUCAUUUCUUUUAAUUCAGCAUUACGAAAAAGCCAGAGUAGCCUUGCAGGUCAAAUUUUAUCAGUCACACCUGUUAAUGCAGCUCCCCUCCCCUAGAUCGUGUCACUUGUUAGUCUGAGUUGGUUUUACAGACUAGUACAAUAGGCCCCAAUGGAAGAUAUUACUUGGAAAGGCUAGAACAACCGAUUAGAGCUUUUUGGACUAAGGGUAAGACACCUGGACGUCAAGUCAGGCUUACCCACAUCAGCUCCAGAACCCUGUAUUAUCUACAAGGUAAGACUCAUAGGAUCAGGGAUUAAGACUUUUUUUUUAUCAGAGAGCCAAAAUCAACUUCCUGUAUAGGAGUUUUGUGGGUGUACUGAUCGACAGUAUAAAGCAUUGCCAAUAAGAGCAGAGGAUCCUGCAAACUGAUCCACGACAUGGUUGUAAAUACUAUCACUAGGAUUUUUUACAGCAAUGACAGAUCUUGGAGCCUCUCUUCUCGAAGUUAGCAUACGCUAUCUACGUUAGCAUACGCUAGCAAAGACAUGGCAGCAAAAGGUUAAGACAUUAACAAGCAAGACUUUAUAUUAUCAGCACACAUAAAUUACAAUAAUUUGUGCCUGAAAACAUGUUAGUUGAUCAAUCACCAAUGACGUACAAUAGAUCUGGGACUUACAGAUGAUUUGCAGUUAGCAAUACUAAACAAUACCACCCAGUAAAACUAUCCAAUAACAUCUAUUUAAUUUUAAUCUACCUACAAAUACCUGUAAUUCACCAUAGUUGAUUUUAAUCAGAGAUCCUGUCUUUAUCCAUUUUUUCUAGUAUUCAUGUUCAGCUAAGCCGAACAACAGCCAUUUCAGUGUUGUACCAUUGUGAAAGAGAGUGUUAACAAGUUUCAUGACAAACUAUUCAUUUACGGACUGCUGUUUGUUUUCAUCCACUCGGGUUGCAAGGAGUGUUAAAUUUACAGCUGCAUCAUUAGAAAUCAUGUCAAAGUUUGACAUAUUUUCGAUUUAUUGCCCAAAGCUAUGUCCCACUUUGGUAAUUAAAAUAUUUCUCAAAGGCUUUCAGGUGAUUUCUUUGAAUCUAACAGACAAUUUGUUUGACUCAAGGAUGAACUGAUUAGAGUUAGUUAGUUAUCAAGGUGACUCCCACACAAAACACAGGGAAAAUUUUAACAACAAAUAUGGACAUUAGCACAAAAUAUCACACCACUGUCUAAAAUGAU